AUCCAUAAUUUUAAUACAUUGUUUACUUACCUAAAAAAAAAUCACUUGCUUGUUGUAAAUAACCUUGAAUUAAUUCUAGAUGAUCAAAUGGUAAACAUUCAACAAGAUGAAAGCGGCAACCAACAGGAUUGGAAUGAAGAAGAUUUUAUUAUUGAAGAGGAAUUAGAUCCUGAUAUAAUACGGAUGAUGGAAACUGACAACAGAAUAAGAAUGUUGGAAAUAGAAAAUAUACCAUUUGUUCAGGUUCCAUCUGUUCUUCCUCCAAUUACAAACUCUGAUCAAAUGUGUGUAGUUUGCACUGUUUCAGAAAAAACUCAUGCAUUCAUACCUUGUGGACACAUAGCUGUGUGUGGUGAUUGCCUAGUAAUACAUAUAUAA